GAAAUUAAGGAAUGGAUCGAUGCGGUUAAAAUCGUAUGCUACAGGCAGAGCUGUGUGGUGGAGAGAUCUUAUAUACUAUAACUCUGUUUAAUCUUUCUUCUUCGUUUCUCUUGGUCUCUUCUCAUUAUCGCGCACCCAUUGAUCAAAUAGUUUCUUAUUUCUCUCGAUCUCCGUCCAAACCAUGAGCACCGGUCGAUCAACGGCUCACACAUGCGUCUUCUGGGACGUCCAGGAUUUCCCGGUCCCUAAAGGUCGCGAUCCUGAUUCGGUAUAUGAGAAUAUAAAACUAGCUCUUGCGAAUAAGGGGUUUGCUGGUAUUGUUCAUAUCAGGGCUUAUGGUAGGAAAAACAAGGUUUGGGAUGACUUUCUAUUAGACGGAAUCACGGUUAUACCCGAAGGAGAUAAAGAUGCGAGAGUUAAAAGGAUGAUUAGGGACGUUCUUUUCUGGGCUCUGGACAAUCGUGUACACCCAUCUGCACAACGAAUCGUGAUGGUAAUUUCAGAACACAUUGGACAAGAUUUGGAUUUCCUCUCCGUUCUUCAAGGUUUGCAUUCUAGAGAAUACAAAAUUCUCUUGGCUGAUGUCGCAUCAGUAAAGCAACCUGAGUUUGUAAGCGAAGAAUGGCUUUGGAGGAGCCUCUUCGAUGGAGGAGAUCCUAUUGAAAGGUCACAAUCUGUUAAGCACGAUGAUGAUAACCUGAAGCGUAAGGAUACUGCAAAAGACACUGAUAAGCGAAGCUCAAUAGAUAAGCGUAAGGAUCCUAUUGAAAGAUCUGUUAAGCACGAUGAUGAUAACCUGAAGCGUAAGGAUACUGCAAAAGACACUGAUAAGCGAAGCUCAAUAGAUAAGCGGAGGAGAUUUUCGAAGUAGCUACAAUAAUGUUGUUCUAUCAAUCUUUCUUUAUGGAUGAUCAUUUUCUUUUUUAUCUCUGUGAAGUCUUUGGUAAACUCUGUAUUGGGUUCAGAUGCACUGUUCUUCAAUGUCUAAAAAUAUCGUUUUUACUACCUUUAAUACUCCUUGGGUUUUUGUAUGGAUAACAUCUACGUAUCAUCUUUGAUCUGUUAA